GCGAUAGACAGAUAGAUUGGAGGGAGGACGAUUGCGACUGUCUCCCCCUGUCUCACAUGACAGAGAUUAGAAGAGUGAAGAGUGGAAGGGGGAGAGGAGGGAGUAACGGUGUGAAGGAGGAGGAGUGUGGAAAUGUUGCAUACAAUGAAAGAAAGAUUCUGGAUUCGAGCACACACGAGCGUCCACUCACUAUCUCUCACAGGUCCUCUUCCUCGCAGAUAUGAAGAAGGUGUCACAGUGGUGCCAGCUGGGCAUCACCGUCCUUGUGCUGGUUCUGAAACUGAUCACCGGUCAGCUGUGCAGGUCCUUCAUCUUGCUGAUGGAUGGCUUCCACACACUCUUUGUCCUCGGUCACAUGGCUCUACCUCAUCCUCAGAAGCCAGCAAGCCCCUCUGGUUCAAGCACUUGGCCGUCUUCAGAGACGACUGAUCCCGUCAGCCCUCUCGGGUGUGCCAUGUUCCACCCUGUCGGCAGGAGACAGCCGGUGGGGGUCUUUAUGUUAGCCCUGCUGCUCACCUCUUUGUGCGUCUCCUGCCUGUUGGAAAUGGCCAGCUCGUCUGUGGAGAUGCAUCCUGUGGAGCGGCCCUGGCUGCUAGUUGCGGUGGGGGUUGUCGGUGUGUUGCACAACGUCGCGAUGUUCGGGAUGACACGGAGGCGGCGGGGGGCACAGGCCUGUGCUGAAGGGGAGCAUGAGUGUUACAUUGAAGUCAACCACAAAGCCAUGUCUCAGGAGGGCUCCGAAGGGGCGGGUGAGGCCGUGCGAGGCCCGUGUGAAGCCAGUGGAGUUCAGCAUGGGACGACUGCGUGCUCUCUCCGUAACAGGGAUUUCAUCUUCUGCAACCGGGUGAUCUCAACAAGAGGCGUGGAUGCUGAGAAGACGUCUGAGGAGCUCAAGACAGACAAAGAACACCCUCAGGGCAACAGGCAGCCGCUGACUAUGUGUGCGGCUUCUGUGGUGAUGGUGGUGCAGCAUCUGUCCACAUCGGUGCUGGUCUUGGUCAAUGGUUUGGUCAUGCUGCUGGUGGGCCCCGACUACCCACAUUUCCCGGAGGCCUGCAGCCUCCUUGUGUACCUGGAUCCGAGCUUUGCCAUUUUGGCUGCAAUCAUUCUGGUGGCCGCAGCUGUGCCGCAGAUGCACAGGUACGGGCUGCUGUUGAUGCAGGCCACGCCUCCUCACGUGAGCCUAUCGGAGGUGAGGGAGCGGAUCAGGAGCGUGCCUGGGGUGGACGAGGUGCACGAGCUCCACAUCUGGGAGUUGUACGACUCGUUCGUGGUGGCCUCGGUCCACAUCCUCUGUCACAAUGCCUUUCCCAUACACAGGUGUGCUGAUCUAAUGUCGGGGGUCACCAAGGUCUUGCAGAACGUCGGGGUGAGAUGCUGCACAGUCCAACCUGAGUUUGCUCCCCCUUCUGCCCUCCCAAAGUGUUCAACAUGCCCACCUCCGGUGCCAACCUGCAACUUGGCCUGUGAUAAACUCUGUGACACCCACGUGUGCUGCCCUCUGCCACAAGAGCCUGUCAUGGAAAAAUUGUUAAAACAAGACAGUCCUGUUUCAUUUUUGUAACAAGACAUGCAUGAAAAGCAAACAUCUACCCUUUGUAAUGUAAGAACGAAAAACCUCUCACUUGAAUUGUGCGUGUGAUAAAACUGUCUGAUGCCCGGGAUAGCAUAGCAUGAUCAACACGAAGAUAGCAAAGUGAAGAGUUGGGUUUUUGAGUGUAAUCUAUGUUGGAAAGUCAAGGUAUAGAAAAGUGACUGUUAUGAUCUGUCAGAAAGCAAAGAGACGAGGGGGGAAUGCUUGGCUGAGUGUACUUUUGCUUAUCUCUUUGAUGGCACGGUGGUCAGCUGGUUAGCACAUCGGCCUCACAGUACAGAGGUCAGGAGAUUGCAUGUUCGCCCCGGGCCUGCGUGGGUUUUCUCCAGUCUACUUUGGAUUCCUCACACGUUCCAAACAUAUGCAUGUUAGGUUAUUGAUUGCCCAAGUGUCCGUCAGUGUGAUCCUGAGGGCAAAUGUAUUUUUUUGUCUAUGUGUGCCCUGUGAUUGGCUGGCAACCAGUGUACCCUGCCUCAUGCCCGAACAGAGCUGGGAUUGGCUCCAGCAUGCCAAGCAGUUCAGAUAAUGGUUGAAUGUUUAUCUCUUAAUUGUAAGACAAUAAAUAAAUCUUCUUAUCAGAUACUUUAUUAAAACUGGAAUGUUCAACCGCCCCGACUGUCUAUCUAUCUAUCGAUCUAUCUAUUACUAAAAAACAACGCAUAUGAAA